AGCUGAUUCAACCCUGUACUGCGCAUGAGGAGGGACAUAGGAGGUGUCUGGAAUAUAAACAUAACUAACCCAUGUACACAAAGGGGCAGCAGCAGUAGUAGGUUGGAUGCGGGUUGUGUGUGCGGUGCUGUGCCUUGGCCUUGUCGGGGCGCUGCAGCGGGAACAGGUAGCUCAGCAUGCCAUCAAGCUGCAUCGGGGUAGGAGUGCUGUGGCCAAGCACGCUUGGAGCUGGGUGUCUGAUAACUGCCGGCGCCUGGGCAGCCUCAUCCGACAGAAGAACACGGCCAUUAAGAAGCUAGCUGUGGCUGCAGCCGCUGUGGGGCGAGACACUUCCCUCUCAGACCCAGAGAGACUCUUCCAGGUUCACACUCUGGAGGUGUUUCAGAAGGAGCUGAAUGAGAGCGAACGCUCAGUCUUCCAGGCGGUGGUGGGCCUGCAGAGGGCGCUGCAGGGAGACUACAGGGACGUGGUCAACAUGAAGGAGAGCAGCCGUCAGAGACUGGAGGCCCUCAGAGAAGCAGCCAUUAAGGAAGAGCAGGAGUAUGUAGAGCUGGUAGCAGCAGAGAAGCACCAGGUGGAGGCUGUGAAGAGUGCCCUGGCCCAGAACAAGACCCUGUCCAUGCUGGAUGAGAUCCUCGAGGACGUCAGGAGAGCUGCUGACCGCCUGGAGGAGGAGAUAGAGGACCACGCCUUCGACAACAAUAAACAGAUGAAUGGAGUGCACGUAGCCAACGUGGAGGCGGUGCUGAGAGUGGAGGAGGAGGAGGAAGACGGAGGGAAAAGAAGAAGGAACGCGUCAAGGAGAGGUGGAGAGGUGGAGGACGACGUGGGGCUGAGCAUGCUCAUCGACUCCCAGAACAACCAGUAUGUUCUGACCAAGCCCAGAGACUCCACCAUUCCCCGCUCCGAUCAACACUUCAUUAAGGACCUGGUCUCCGUAGUGAUGCUGUCUCUGCCAUGUGGUUGGCUGUGCACUAUGAUGGGCCUGCCCCCCAUGUUUGGUUACAUCGUCUGUGGAGUCCUUCUGGGUCCCUCUGGACUCAACAGCAUCAAGUCUAUGGUGCAGGUAGAGACGCUGGGAGAGUUGGGAGUGUUCUUCACUCUCUUCGUGGUCGGUCUCGAGUUCUCCCCAGAGCGACUUCGGAAGGUGUGGAAGAUCUCUGUGCAGGGUUCAUGCUACCUCAGUCUGUUGAUGGUGGCUACAGGGCUGCUGUGGGGUCAGGUGCUGCAUAUCCGUCCCACCCAGACCGUCUUCAUCUCCUCCUGUCUCUCUCUAUCCUCCACGCCGCUGGUCUCACGCUUCCUGGCUGGGGGCACCCGCGCAGACAAGGACGGGGAGCUGGACUACAGUAGUGUUCUCCUGGGGAUGUUGGUAAUGCAGGAUGUUCAGCUGGGUCUGUUCAUAGCCGUCAUGCCCACCCUCAUACAGGUGUCAUCUGGCCACCUGGACAGUGUCCUGUUUGGAGGUCUGCACGUCCUCCUGCUCCUGUCCCAGGUCCUGUUCUCUCUGGCUAUGGUACUACUGCUGUGUGUUCUCCUCAAAUCCUUCCUGAUUGGUCCAUACUACAGGAAGCUCCAUGCUGAGUCUAAAGGCAACAAGGAGAUCCUGGUUCUGGGGACCGCUGCCUUCGUAUUCCUCAUGCUCACCGUGACAGAGUUCCUGGGCGUUUCCAUGGAGCUGGGCUGCUUCCUGGCUGGAGCACUUCUCUCCUCGCAGGGUCACAUUUGCACCACGGAGGUCAUGGGCUGCAUCGAGCCAAUCAGAGACUUCCUCGCCAUCAUCUUCUUCGCCUCCAUUGGUCUCCAUGUGUGUUCUCUUCUACUGCAGGUUUCCCAUGUCUUUCCUACCUUUGUCCUGUAUGAACUGACAGUCCUGGUGGUGCUGACUCUCUCACUGGUCAUCAUGAAGUUCCUGAUGGCGGUGCUGGUGCUGUCGGCCAUCUUGCCUAAGGGUUCUCGCCACAUCCGUUGGAUAGUGUCUGCUGGCCUGGCGCAGGUCAGUGAGUUCUCCUUCGUCUUGGGGAGCCGCGCCCGCCGAGCUGGCAUCAUCUCCAGAGAGGUGUACCUGCUGGUUCUCAGUGUCACCACUCUGAGUCUUCUGCUGGCUCCGGUGUUGUGGAGAGCUGCCACACACAAGUGGGUCCCUCGAGCCGAACGCAAGACGCUCGCCCGCCCGCCCCACUGCUGCCACACCCAGCAGACUGAAGCCCAUAGGGGCCCUGCAAAAGGGCCGAAGGGUCAAAGGUCAUUCUCCCUCUUUCCAUGGAGAAAAUCCUAAUGACCCAUUAUCUUUGGAUCAUUGGUUGCAUCCAAAACGGCACCCUGUUCCCUACAUAGAGCCCUGAUCUAAAGUAGUGCACUAUGUAGGGAAUAGGGCUCUGGUCUAAAGGAAGUGC